UUGAUUCUAGAACAGGAGAGUGGAAGGGAGAAGUGAAAACGUCCACUAGCCACUGGUCUGGGUCAAUAAUGGCUAAUGUUACACUUCGGAUAGUGAGUGGUGAAAUAGAAUGCGGGAUUAGUUGGUUGUUUGCCAUGUACAAGGCCACAGCUGACUGAGUGACAUCUCAAUCAGCCAUGAAAAAGUCAUGCAACAAAUUUUUCAGACCACACAGGGGUAAACUCAGCUGAUCCCCCACAUUUUGGACAACCAGUGCUGCAUUCAGGCAAGAUGUCUGAACUAUGACCAUGGAACUGCUACACACGACAGAGUUUAAGGCCUUCAACACGGUCAGAAAACAUGACCUGCUCUGAUCUGAUCUGAUCUAGAGCUACAAUAAGUCCAGAACAAAAGCUCUGCAUAACCUCACGGUAAGGAGAAGCGAGUAAUAAUAGUUAUUUAACGAUAAACUUCCCCUCCAAUAGUGAAACGUGUGGUAACGUACGGAAAAAACCCCAAGAUCACUAUUAAACUUCACCAACAUUUAUCAAGCAUAGCGGUCAGAUGAAGUUUAAAACAAUAGUUUUACUAAGCUCCCCGUGACUUAAAUGCGUCAUUGGGAGUAUAGUUUUGCUGUCCGAAACACGCCUAAGCGUCCAGACCACCGGAGGGUGGGAGGUGGCCAGGCAUCGGUUUAUUGAGGAGUCCGCCGGGGUUGUCUGAAGGCAGCAUCUUUCCAUACCAACAAAGACGUGUCACAAGGCAUGUAUUUGUCGGAGCGGAUGCCAUGGGACCCGACGCGGUGGUUUGGUUGGUGACAGAGCUGACAGCAGCCCCCGGGAGCGGAGACGCGCAGUAGGGAGCACAAGCUCGCUUGUUGUAGCAACGGUUGCUAAGGGGAGGGAGUUAAAGGUCCCUCAUAUGGACGCGUGCUUCACCUUGACAGGAUUCAUCAUCUGUUCUCAGAAUUUGCAUGAAUGGAGAGGUCAUAUCGGAACGAAGCUACGUGGAGUUUAUCGCCAAACUCCGAGUGCUCGCCUGUCUCUGAGCUUUCCAGCUGCCUGUGGAGACUUCUGCGACAAGACAGUUCGACCCCCAAAAGACGUCUUGCGCUGACUCCGGAGAGAGGCCAUCCCCCAGAGCACGAGACGCCAACAGGUCCAGUAAACAGGUGGAAUCAAAGCAAAAUCUCAUCACCUGCAUCGUCCUCCCCGAAAAUGUGUCACAGACCAGGAGAUGCAGAAGAAUCUCUGGAUGACAAGGAAAAUUUAAGUGCACGGAAACGCGUGCGGGUGAGGCUGUUCAGCAAAUCCAGUCCUGACGAUGAGGAUGAGGCUGUCAGUAGCAGUAAGAGACAUCAUGGCUCUCCAGAAGAGGGUGCCAGUUACCAUGGUGAUCUGGAGACACUUGAUACAGCGACAUUGAUGCUAUUCCGGAGACUGCGGUCCAGAGGAAGGUCUCUGCACACGCCCAUCCCUGACAUUGCCGUCAUGGACCAGCAUCUCAUCGGAGACUUCAGUAAGCAACAUGUGCUUCCUGUUGAGAGGGUGGAACACCGGGACCUUCACUGUGUUUCGUCUGAGACUGUGGCAGCUCUGAUCAGGGGUCAGUUCAGCGAUGUAGUAGAAGACUUCCUGAUAAUAGACUGCCGUUAUCCGUACGAAUACAAUGGGGGCCACAUCAAGGGAGCCGUGAAUCUGUACACUGAGUCUCAGAUCCAGCAGGCCUUCCUCCAGGCCUCAGCAGGGCAGGUACAGAUUAAUGAGGAGGCAUCAUCACCGUCAUCUUCACCGUCAUCUUCAUCGUCAUCAUCACAAUCACUGCGGAAACUGUUAGUGUUUCACUGCGAGUUUUCGUCUGAGAGAGGACCACGGCUUGCUCAUUAUCUGCGGGGGCUGGACCGUGCGCUGAACGCUCUGCUCUACCCUGUCCUGCUCUACCCUGAGGUGUACCUGCUACAGGGCGGAUACAACAGCUUCUAUACUCAGUGCCCGGAGCUGUGUGUGCCUCGUGGCUACGUCCACAUGCAUCACGGGGAGUUCAGAGAGCAGCUUCGUCGAUUCAGCAGGAAGAGGCAUCCUCACCACCGCCGACGACCAAUCAGGACGCAGCAGAGGACAGCACGCUUUUAACCUGGAUAAAGAGCUGGCCUCCUUAGUCAUCAUAUUACAAACUAUUCUAUAGGCUAUGGGCUGUACAGCUGUUGUGCACUGUAUCGCUGUUGACCCACCUCAGUAAUAAAGCCAGACAUUAAUUUU